UAAUGAGUGAAAAAGUUACAGCGAGUGGGAGGGAGGGGAGGUGGAGAGGGUGGUGGAUUUCGACGCAGACGCCAUGAGACGUCUUGCCACGGUCGUAUGGAUCGCUAUCGGGGUAGCUGCCCCCGCAUACUUCGAAGCAACCCCGUUGCGGACAGUUGCUCGCGACCCCAUGUCGAUAAGAGGUCGUUCCGUAUGUGUGCGGCCAGCACACACGCCCUCCUCGUGUUCCUGAUCGGUGGGAAGGCACGUCUUUCCGUCCCAAAAGUUGAACGAGAAAUCAGCGACCAUCGAAGGAAAUCAACAAACGCAGUAGUCAGAAUUUUUUAAGAAAAAAAGAAACUUUACUCGUGGCGUGAUAAGUAUAGAAGAUUGAGCAACAAACGAAAUGGAGAACGCGAAGGAGGAGACGAUAAACAUGCAGCUGAUCGGUUCCGAAAGUCCGUACAAAGUUAAUAAUGAAAUCGCCGGAAGUGGUCUAAAUGCAUCGGAAGUGCCAAUAUCGCAGACCACAAACGUAGAAGACUACGAUCCCCACAAACAUCGAAAUAGGCCAAAUCCUACAUCGAACGCGGAGACUUUGAUACACUUGUUGAAAGGGAGUCUGGGCACCGGUAUCCUGGCUAUGCCGAACGCGUUCCGCAACAGCGGCCUGGUCACCGGCGUGAUAGCAACAGUGAUAAUAGGGGUGCUGUGCACCUAUUGUUUGCACGUAUUAGUGAAAGCUCAGUACAAACUGUGUAAACGGUUAAGAGUUCCUAUAUUGAGUUAUCCACUGAGCAUGAAAUACGCUCUCGAGGAAGGGCCCGGGUGUGUCCGAUGGUUCGCACCCUAUGCACCAGGACUCGUAGACGGGUUCAUGAUUGUGUAUCAAUUGGGAAUAUGCUGCGUUUAUAUCGUAUUUGUAGCGUCGAAUAUCAAGCAGGUAGCAGACCAGUAUUGGGAACCGUUGGACGUUAAAAUCCACAUGCUGAUUUUAUUGGUACCAUUGAUUCUGAUCAAUUACAUUAGGAACCUCAAGUUACUCGCGCCAUUCUCCACCCUCGCGAAUGUAAUCACAUUUGUCGGAUUGACGAUGAUUCUAGUUUACAUGUUUAAGGAUCUACCCUCCCUUAAGGAAAGAGAGAUGUUUGGUACACUGAGAAAUUUCUCUCUCUAUUUCGGUACAACGUUAUUCGCGUUGGAGGCUGUUGGCGUGAUUAUCGCACUGGAGAACAAUAUGAAGACGCCACAAUAUUUUGGAGGAUACUGUGGCGUAUUGAACAUAGGAAUGACGGUUAUAGUGGCUCUUUACAUUGUCAUGGGAUUCUUUGGUUACAUAAAAUAUGGAUCCAAUGUUGAGGGUAGCGUUACUUUUAACUUACCCUCCGAAGAAAUUAUGGCACAAAGUAUCAAAAUAAUGUUCGCAAUCGCUAUUUUUAUCACGCAUGCCCUUCAAGGGUAUGUUCCAGUCGAUAUUAUUUGGAAUACUUAUCUGGAUCAAAAGAUACAGAAGAGAAAAAUCUUCUGGGAGUAUGUUUGUCGAACUAUCCUCACUUUGAGCACGUUUACAUUGGCCAUCACCGUUCCCAGACUGGGUCUCUUCAUCUCUCUAUUCGGCGCCCUCUGCCUCUCCGCACUUGGCAUCGCGUUUCCAGCCAUCAUCGAGAUCUGCGUCCUCUGGCCAGACCGCGACUUGGGCCCCUGCAUGAUCAUGCUCGUAAAAAAUCUCUUGCUGAUCGUGUUCGGCCUCCUGGGUCUUGUGAUCGGCACAUACGUGAGCAUGGUCGACAUAAUAAAUUUCAAGUGAGGCCUUCGAUCGAUGUCAAUUUCAAGAAGGAUCGAAGGAAGGUAGACGAGACGAGAGGGAAGCAGAAGGGUUAAAUGAAAAAAAAAAAAAUAAAAAACCAGUUUGGACACGCUUGUUCGAGUAUCGAGGACGCGGUCAGGCUUCGUCACAGUUUUAUAGCUUAAUGAGCGGCGCCUUUUUAGGUAGUCAGAUACCUCCAAAGCGGCUGGAAGUUUUUCUUUUAGUGAAAAAUCGCGAGAGAAAUGCAUUCUGGAAAUGCUUCUUGUUAGUGCACGUAGGCCGAGUUUAGAUGUUUUUGAUUAAGAUGGAGAGUCGUUGGAUAAAAGAGAGAGAGAGAGAGAGAGAGAAACACACGUUAAUUUAAUUUUGCUUGGAGUUUGAUUUUCCAAAGUGUUGGAUAAAUUUAUCUAAUUUAAUCUGUUGCUGUUUGUUCCUUGAUAGUGAUUAAAUUAGGCUGUUAAGAUAAUAACGUUUUAUAAAAAAAAAAAAAAAAAAUGAAACGAAUAUAGGAAAACCGAAAUGUAAGUCUUAAUUGUUUAUUUUUCUUUAAGAUUUUUCUAUUCAAAUUUAAUUUUUAAUUGUAUUUGUGUAAAUGAAAUUAAUGAUUCUUCCCUUUCGAAUUAGAAGUAUAGAAUAUUGUCCAUUAAGAAUAUUUCGCAAAGAGGAAUGCCCUCGAACACGGUGCCUAUAUAAAUGAUUAAAUGCCUAGCUCACCUUAGUCGCACUGCCUGAGAGUAUUUUGAGAAGAACGAAUUAAACGUUCUUUGAGUUGCUCAGUUUAUUCGAAAGUAUCUUAAAUAAAUAAUAGAAGGCUAAGUAGACAAGAUUGUAAGAUUAAUAUAUACAUAAAAUAAUAUAUUGUAGAAAAUUAAGACGAGCAAUUUUACAAACUAAAUCGGAAGGGAAGAACUAUCACGAAUUAAGAUUUAUUUGUGAAAAAUUUUUUUACGAUAAAAUAUUUGCUCUGUAUCGAUGAAAUUUUCAAUAUCAAUUAUAAUGAUGUUUCAUUUUUUAAUUUUUAACAUGACGCCCAGCACUGGACAUAAAGCGCUCUUCGAAGAAAAAAAGGAACUAAAAAAAGAAAAAAA